AUGGCCGGGAAGGUGGCACUGCUCCUGUGGGCCCAGACCCUCGGCCUCACUGGUGCCCAGACCACCCAGCUCCUGGUGAAGCCCCCCUGGACACCGGCAGUGCUGUGGGACCCGGUGACACUGACCUGCUGGGGCUUGGGGACCGCCGGUGCCACCACCUGGUACAAGGAUGGGCGGCGCUGGAGGCAGAAGGGACCCGACCGCCUCAUUGUCACCGAGAGUGGCACCUACACGUGUGACAGACCCGGCAGUGGGCUCAGUCCCCCUGUGACAGUCUUAGAUGGCUCAUUGGUGCUGCAGGUGCCAGCACGACCACUGCUGGAGGGGGACACAGUGACACUGCGCUGCCGGCGCUGGAGGGACACGUCGGUCACCACGGUGAGAUUCUACCGUGGGGACGAGGAGGUGAGGGAGUCCCUCAGCGGGACCGAGCUGUCCCUGUCCCCUCUGCAGCUGCACCACAGCGGCCGCUAUCGCUGCAAGGGCUGGGUGAACUCCAAGGUGUCACGGGGGUGGCAGGAGUCGGCGCCGGUGACAGUGACAGUGCACGGGGUCCCGCUCUCGGGGGUGUCCCUGUCAGCACAGCCCCCCGGGGGACAGGUGGCACUGGGGGACCGCCUGGUGCUGAGCUGCGCGGUGGCCACAGGGACAGGUCCCCUGUCCUUCACCUGGCACCGGGGGGGCUCGGGGGCACCGCUGGGCACCGGCCCCCACCUGGAGCUGAGCCACGUUGGGGACAAUGACAGUGGCCACUAUCACUGCCAGGUCAGCAAUGGGGACAGCGUGGCCGAGAGUGUCCCUCUGAAUGUCACCGUCCUGGUGCCUGUGGCCAAUGCCACCAUCACCCCCAGUCCCCUGUCACACCAGGUGCACACAGGUGACCCCGUGACCCUGCGCUGCUCGGUGCAGGUGGGCUCAGCCCCUGUCACCUUCACCUGGCUGCACAACGGGCAGGAGGUGGCCCGGGGUCCCUUCCUGGAGCUUGGGGACGUCGAUGUGGGACAUUCGGGCACCUACCAGUGCGUGGCCACCAACCAGCUGGGACAGGACGGGCACUGGGUGUUCCGGGCACUCAGCCCUGAGCUGGCCCUGGAGGUGACCCCUGCCUCACCCUGGGUCACAGCAGUGGCCGCAGGGGUCAGCGGGUCCCUCCUGUUCGUGGUCCUGGUCGUGGCUGUCAUCAGGGGCUGGCACCCGUUGAACAACGCGGCCCUCAGGAAGCAGCAGGAAAGGCCCCCCCUGGAGCCCCCGGGUUUCCCAGAGGAGGGGGAGGUGCUGUACGCCCACAUCGUGGCCACCGAGCGGGCAGGGGGGCCCCCCCGUGCCACAGCCCCCCAGGUGACCUACGCGGAGCUGCCGGGACCCCACGGACGACAGCGGGACCCCAGUGACAUCUGCGAGAACGUGCUGUGACACUGGGGGCACUGCGGGCACUGCAGGCCCCUGCCCGAGGGCACCCCCCGUGUGGGUUCCUCUCUCCCCGGCUCCCGUGGGUGCCCACGAGUGGGGUCCCUUGUGGGACUGCCCAGAGCUUCCUGUUACAGUGCUCCCAGCGCUCCCAGUGCUCCCAGUACCGCCAGGGGCUCCCCAUUCCUUCCCCCAG